GUCGUCGCGGGUGGACUACGUUCGUUUGUGAUUGACAUACGUGAAAGCGUGUUCAUAAUAACUAAUAAAAAUUCACGUGUGUUAACAAUACAGGAUCGUGCUGUUAAAAACUAUAGUGUUAUUCAUGUGAAAAUAAACAAUAACUGUGAUAGAAUUAGGAAAUAAUAGUAAAACUAGUUAUAUUUUUAGAAGAACUAUAUAUUUCGGUGAUGACUUGAGAAUGAGUGUUUUUGGAAUGGUUUAGCGUGUUGAGAUCGUCGUUAUGGUGACUGCAUAGUGUUUAUUAGUAACAAUAAGAAGUAAUUAAGAUGGCAAUGGCGGUGGUUAAUGUUUUCAUGUGUUUUAUGUUGGUAUUGUACCAAUUGUCGGCGGCUUCCAGUGAGGCGUCGUCGGAAUCAACAGAUUUUGGAUUGACCGAUUCAAAUGACGGUGACGCAGGAGUGAGAUGUUACUGCAACACUGCCCAAUGCGUGGGUACGGGCUACAUGUGCCGGUCUGCGCGCAGCGGGGGAUGCUACAGCGAGCUGCCCAGGCGCACGCACCACGCAAGGCACGGAUGCCUACAUCAUCUGGCUGAUACAGAAGAAGAAGCGUUGUCAAGAUGCCAGAAUUCACCAGGAUCAGUGGGUCCUCCACCGUCGGCGGAACACUCUCUACUGCUCUGCUGUUUUAGGGACCUCUGCAAUCAUGAGGACAGUCCCUUAGCUAGAGCGAGACUCAACCUUACUAGUAAUGAAUUUGAAGGUCAGACAGUAGCCAGCGAACGAGGAGCGAACUACAACGGCGAGGUGUGGUUCAAAGCGGCCACCAUCGCGGUGCCGGUCUGCGGCGCCCUGAUCCUGUUCCUCCUAGUAGCCGUGGCUGUGAGGCUGCUGAAGGCAGAUGCUCUUCUACAUGCUGAUAGGAAACUUAGAGGCGGCUACAUGUCACCCUUAGCUCAACAUACGUCUGAUGACGUCAAAAAAGUAUGGGUGGGGACGCCAACCGCCCCCUUACUUGUGGCUCCUGGGGGGUGCCUGGUAGCGGUGGAAAGGGCCCAACUAGUCGACAGCCAACAACUCUGUGAUAUCCAACGAUAGAUGGCGCUAGGGAGAAUCUCAAUAGCGGGUUGUGCCGUGAAAUGGAAGGACUUUAAACUUGUGAACCAAAUGUGAAAUGUCUUUUUGUGCAAAUGCGUUUUUAAAUGCUAAUGUUGAUAGAGUUCAUUUUUCAAUGUGGAGGUGGUGCAUCGAACACGUUCAGUGUAAGUUGGUCUAGCAUUGUAUAAGAUUUUUGUGCAAUGAAAGGUCAAUUUAUAUUUAACAAUUAUUUGUUGGAUUAUUUUAGAAGAAGAUAUUUUAUAAUCUAUGUAGUUGUGAAAAAUUAUGAAGGUUGUAAAGUUUGAUGUACCACAGACUAAAAAUAAAUAAAUCAUUACUGAACACAUGUCAUGUUGGGCUAAACUAUGCUAUCCCUAUCUUUUUAUACUUGCGAGACAGGGAUAAAUAGACAGCCAAGCAUGUUACAAAUAAUGCUUAUUUAUUUUAAACCUUAAUUAAGAACGAAUUUUGUAAAAGUAGCUUUUAAAAAUGAAUUUGUUUUUCGACUAAUUUUUAAAGGAAUUUUAACUCUAGAUUUUUGUCUAGUAACAGUUAAUGGAUAAUACAAUUUGGCUAAAACAUCGACAAUAAGACGGCACAUAACAACUGUGCCAUGCAAAAUUGAACUUUAUUGAAUUUACCAAGUCUAUUGUCAAUUUUACUGUCGAGGUAAGCCAACAAAGACUGGAAUUGAAUAAUUUACACUAAGAAGUCUUGGAUGUUUGGAAAUAUCAUUGUAAAAGGUUGUGCUUAUACUGAUUUCGAAAUAAGAGUGAGUGUAAAUUGGUUUGUAUGUAUGUAUAGAUAUUAAAAAAAUGACUGAUCGCCUGUCGCCACUAUGGUGUGUUACUGUAAGCUUUUGUACUGCAUUUUGUUGACAAUAACUAUGUAUUUGUGUCGUUUUAAAGUCUAUUUUUGUGUGUUUAUUUACAGAACAUACUGUAGGCAUUACUUUGAGGUAUUCCUCGUAGCGCUCCCGUUUUGAAGCGCGCCCAUCUAAUCCUUUAGUCCAUAUGUCGGCAGAUUAUAUUUAUCUAUAUGGUGGACUUUGGUAUUUACAAUAAAGCAAAAAAAUAAUAAUUACUAAAGCCGUGCGAAGCCGGGACGGGCCGCUAGUUGUAUAUUAUAACAAUGUGU